UCUAGAGAGAGAAACUCAACUAAAAACACUUUCUCUCUCUAAAACGAAAGAAAGUCUUCGCGCUCUCUCUCUCUUUACUUUCGCUUUCUUUGUUGAUAGCUACUUUUGCUUUUAUAUAUUUUUUUAUUUUUUUAUUUGUUUAAAUAUUUUUAAUAGCUGCUUCUCGUCAAAAACUUUGCCGGAACUUCAUUUCAAAAGAGAGAAAGGAAAGGGAAGGAAAAGUUGGUUUUUUUUUUUCUUUCGUUUUCUUGGCGUCCAAACAGAAGGUGGCGAAUCAAAUGUGAUGGGAAGUGGACUCUCCUCUCUCUUCCCUUGCUUCAAACCGGCGACUAACCGUACCCAACAGGACCAACCGGACCUGAUCUUCACUGCCUCUGAACCGUUGGAUGAAACCCUAGGCCACUCUUUUGCCUACGUCCGAUCUUCCAACCGCUUCGUCUCUCCUACUCCUUCUGAUCGUUUUGUUUCUCCUUCUAGCUCUCUUCGUUUUUCUCCUUCUCGGGCUGGAACCGGUUCUGAGACCCGACCCGGUUUGCCUGAGACAGGAGGGUUUAAGUCCAUUUCUGGUGCUUCGGUCAGUGCUAACACUUCGACGCCCAGAACUGUCCUCCAACUUGAUAAUAUUUACGACGAUGCCAUUGACAGUAGCUCUGGCUUUGCUGCUGGUGUUUGUACUGGUGGUGGAGUAAGGAGCAGUAUUGUGAACGUUGAUGGAUUUGAGAGCACCGCGUCGUUUAGCGCGUUGCGCUUGCAACCGGUGCCACGUGGUGGCGAGGGGUUCUUCAUGUCUGGUCCCAUCGAGCGCGGUGCACUCUCCGGUCCACUUGACGCCAACUUCGGGACCGACAAUAGCGGAAGAGUACACUUCUCCGCACCGCUUGGUGGUAUUUAUGUGAAAAAGAAGCGGAGGAAGGGCAUUUCUGGUAUCAAGAAGGCCAUAUAUAGGAACUUAUCGGAAAAGAAACGGCCGUGGGUGGUGCCGGUACUGAAUUUCGUGAACCGGAAGGAAAAUUCGGGAACCGCAGAGGAGAGGGAGAGCAGAGAUGAGAGUAAUGUGCAGUGGGCGUUAGGAAAGGCGGGAGAGGAUCGGGUCCAUGUGGUCGUAUCAGAGGAGCAAGGGUGGUUGUUUGUUGGGAUUUAUGAUGGGUUUAACGGCCCUGAUGCGCCCGAAUUCUUGAUGGGAAAUCUCUACAGGGCUGUGUAUAACGAACUUCAAGGAUUAUUUUGGGACGUUGAAGAGGCUGAAGAGACGAGUAAUAUAGAAUCAACAACUGUUGUGGAGAAUGACAAUACAACCGGCUCAUCACUAGAAAAGAAUGGUACAAGUGUUGAAAAGAGUUCAAUCGGUGAUACAGGAUUGAAUUUAUUGCCUCAGGAUCAAGAUAAUAUAGCUGCAGCUAUCCUAUCAAAGGAAACGGGUGUUGGAAAUGGCGGGGGUGGUUUAAUUGGCGGGACGGAAUCAAGCUUGGCGGCCCAUGAAAGGGUUAAAAAGGUUACAUUUCAGUCAGAGGGAAUAGAGAUUACACAGAGAAGGCGGUUGUGGGAAUUUCUUGCCGAGGAGGAUGCAGAAGACGGGCUUGAUCUUUCAGGGUCCGAUAGAUUUGCAUUUUCUGUUGAUGAUGCAAUUAGCGUUAGCAAUGCAGGAUCUGCUGUUAAUAGAAGGUGGUUAUUGCUUUCAAAACUGAAACAAGGAUUAUCAAAACAUAGGGAAAAGAAAUUGUUUCCAUGGAAAUUUGGAUUGGAGGGGAAAGAGGAGAAGGUGGAAAGUAGCAGAGUGGAGGAGAGGGUUUUGAAGAGGAAGCGGAAGGUGGGACCAGUGGACCAUAAACUGGUUCUAAGGGCUUUAUCAAGAGCGCUAGAAGUGACUGAAGUAGCAUACUUGGAUAUGACUGAUAAGGUGCUAGAUACAAAUCCAGAGUUAGCAUUGAUGGGUUCAUGUUUAUUGGUGGUGUUGAUGAGGGAUGAGGAUGUAUAUGUCAUGAAUGUGGGUGAUAGCAGGGCAAUUGUUGCGCAGUAUGAACCACAAGAGGCUGGCUCUAGUGUGGAUGAUAAUGGGUUGAGUAUGGAGGGCGUAGCAGAGGGUCCUGCUCAAGUGAUGAGGCUGACUGCAUUGCAGCUGUCCACCGAUCACAGCACGAGCAUUGAAGAAGAAAUCUUAAGAAUCAAGAAUGAACACCCAGAUGACAGCCAAUGUAUUGUCAAUGAUAGAGUGAAAGGCCGUCUCAAGGUCACUAGAGCAUUUGGGGCUGGAUUUCUAAAACAGCCCAAAUUCAAUGAUGUAUUGUUGGAGAUGUUUCGGAAUGAGUAUAUUGGUACUGCACCAUACAUAUCCUGCACUCCUUCUCUUUGUCAUCAUCAACUGUGUCCAAGAGAUCAAUUUUUAGUCCUAUCAUCUGAUGGAUUAUAUCAGUAUCUGACCAAUCACGAAGUGGUUUCUUAUGUUGAGAGUUUCAUGGAGAAGUUUCCAGAUGGAGACCCAGCACAGCACCUGAUAGAGGAGCUUCUUUCCCGUGCAGCUAAGAAAGCCGGGAUGGAUUUCCAUGAAUUACUAGACAUUCCACAAGGAGAUCGCCGGAAGUACCAUGAUGAUGUUACCGUUAUGGUGAUAUCUCUUGAAGGUAGAAUCUGGAAGUCAUCAGGAAAGUAUCUUUGAAAUCUUCAUACGUUGCUGUGUCUGAACUGGUGACAACCUCUAUAAAAGAUAGAAAUGCAGUUUCAAUUCUCCAGUUGAGUCUUCUGCAAAGCAGUUCAGAGACAGGUGACCCAUUUUUUCAUGGGCUGUAUAAAACAUAUGUUUGGGCGCUAUACACAGUUAACAGGGGCAAAUUCAAAUGAUAUUAGCAAGAGACUAGUGCUAGCUAGGUAGCCUUGAAUAGUUUGACUAGAUGUCCAAAUGGGGGGAAAUCUGCAUAUGCGGUUAGUAGAAAAUGCUCCUUAGGAAAUUAAAAAGAAAAAAAAAAAAGCAUUUUUUUCUCUUGUUUGUUUCCUUUUUUUCCUUUUUCUUUUUCUUUAAAUUAAAAUCAAUGUUCUUAUUAGAUAUUUUGCAUAGGACUAUUUAUAGGUGCCUUAUUUUUGUUCUUAGAGCCAAAAUCUGGGCGAAGAGGGUUCUUUGUAAUAUGGUGGGGGUAUACUGAACUCGAACAUUUCCUUGUCUCAAAUGAGCUCUGUAAUUUUGGAGGUGGAUUUCCACCAAUGCGGUUCAAAAGAAUUGAUUUUUCCUUUCAA